UGUGUUCGUAGUGUACCUUUAGGCUGCAUACAUAAUGAUCAAUAUCCAACCAACCACGAUACAUGGCGACGCAGUUGUGAAAUGAGGAAGUACUUCCUGAUGUAAAGAGCAUUAUAAGUUGUAACACUACACGUCUUGAUUCUAGACGUACAAGAACAGGUAAUACCUGAAUGUUUUUGGCAAGUUCCAGCAACAUUGAAGGAGUUCAAGUUGUGAAUGAACUUUUCUUCAAAUUCUUGAAUCUCAUCGCCGAAAAUGACUUAUGAAAUCCGACUACAAACCUGUACGUGUACUCUACACAUUGCGGGGAUGGUCCUUAUACACGAAUCGUAGUGUUUGUAUUUUGUGUUGACCUGGAGCCACGAUUAUGUACACAACUGACACUUUGAGGAUUUGUUUGAAGUGGACGUCGUUGACACCCCUAGCCCUCUGUGACCUGUAGCUGUACACACUUCGUGCUAGUUCAUGCCAAUAAAAACUGAACAUGCACCGUCAUGUAAACCACUGUAGCAACACAAGAGAAAAGACUUCGACAAAAGAAAGAGUGCCAAAAGCAACUUUAGACCAGCCGCAGCAGGUGGGUGCUAACAUGGAACGUAAGACGUCUGCAAAUUAACACACCAAUGACUCCAUGCCAGCGAAUGCUGAAAAACGACGGAGGAUAUUAUUAUAGUCAACAACUGGAGCUGUGAGUCCUUGCUGAUUGGGGAGGGCGUGGUUGAUUGAGUAAAUAGGCGGAUUUGGUUUACCCAGCCAAAGGUGCCGGUACACAGUGCUCCCAGCUCAAAGGAUUGCGAAAAUCCCAGCAGCGGAUGUUGGGGAUUUUCUUCAGAUUUCGCAAUCGAGAUAAUUUCGAUUUGCACUUUGGAUCAGAUGAAGGCGACAGACAAGUGUCCACGGUCACAAUACAGAAAAACAACUAGUACAAACGGAGACAGAUGUUUUUCACAGUAAUUGCAAGUUGAUGAUCGAGGUACUGAAUUCGAUUAUCUUGAGAGUUUGCAACUUUAACAGACUGAUUAUAUACCAACAGUGUUAUUAACAUGGAAACUGGGAGUUGGGUUGGCGUGGCAAUUUUCUGUAGCAUCGCCAUCAUUCUGUUGAUUCUAUUGAUCGCUAGAACCGUCUACCGGGCCUGGCAUUACCACAACUGUUGCAGCUGGUGUAGGAACAUCAAUCAGGGUGGGGAUUCAAAACAGAAAAAGACUGAGGGGAUCGCCAAGGAGCUGCAGGCAAUUAACGACAAACAGCGUGCCGAGCAGGAGGCAGCCAGAGACUCUCUGGGCCGGACCAACUCACAAACCUUUGACCCUCUGAACCCCGAUAGCUUGGAACUACCGAUCCACGGCAUUCAUUAUCCUGACCCGGGGGAGGAGAUAGAGGAGGAGGACACGCCCCCAGGCGGCCACAAUGAUGACUUCCGCAUCGUGAAUGUUGGUGUCGGUGAACCCAACAAAACACCUGCGGUGUCCGAGAGAAAACAGGAUGCCAUCCCCGAUCAAGAAUCGGUAGAAAACAAAGAACACAAGUCAGAGAGUUCUCAUCAUUCGGUACCAGAAGCUGAGAACAGUCGACCCGACACGCCCACCAAGGAGAACGGGGAAUGCCAACACAUUCAGACGAAUGGGGGCGUUCCUUCAGAAUCUCAUAGCAAGGAUGAUGCCAUUCUCAACCAAGAAACAGGGGAGUUCACUGAAACUAAGUCCAAUGGCGACGUCACGAGAGCUGAGAGCAAUCAACUUGACACGCCCACCAAGGAGGACAAGGGAUCCCCAGAAAAACUGAUGAACGGGGGCGUUCCAGAUCCAGAAUCUUACAGCGAGGAAGAUGCCAUGCCUCCCCAAGAUUCGGGGGAAAACCCAAAACUAGUAGAAGACACAACUCAAGCUCAUGGCAAAGAUGAGUUGGUCGCAAAAGAGACCCCAGAUAAGGAGACUGGCAUAGAAAACCCGAUGGGGGUUGAUGACUCGGAGCUGCGCCCGAUAUAUGUCUAAGGACAUCACUCAGCCUUGCUGUUCAGAACUCUAACAGUGUUGGCAGGCGUAUGGAAUACCUUAAUCAUCAGUGAAGCUUUAUCCUUCUUUAAAAAAAGAAAAGAAGGACCUUUUGUUUUAAAAGAAGGAUUGAGCUUCAGUGAUGGUUUUAACACAAUUAGUGGGCCUGGUGAGGGAGAGAGGUGGGCAUAGAUGUGCCAGGGCCGUACUUAAAUCUGAACAAAAUUAUUGUUUUUACGUAAAGUUUUAUUUCGUUUUAACAGUACUACUUUCUACACACACCGUGAGGUUUACGACUGUCAAAAAGGCUAUACUCACACCUGUAUUCCAUGCAACAAAACCUGUUUUUGUGCAUAAUCAGUUUAAAAGUUUCCUACCACGUGAUCCUCAACAUAUUCGAUUUCUGUUCUAUUUAAGUAUACAUUUUCAACUUGUAUAUUUAAUUCCAACAAAAAACCUCCCUUCUUCCUUUUUGGAGGUAUGCAAACCUCUGAAAAAAAAGGUUUUUGUUUUGUUUUGGGCACAAACAGAUCCGCUUUGCGAACAGACUGGCUCCCGGUCCGUACAUAAUCGAUACUGAUUGUGGGUCGGGAACAAGCCUGCCCCGCAAGAUCAGGAAUUAUUGUCAGGCCGCCAAUAAUUCGAAAUUGUAAAGUAAUCAUUCAAUAACUAAACAUUGGCCGAUUUUGUUCGGUCGAUAUCUCAUUCAAAAUUGAAGAACUCUUGCUAGAAAAGUUGAGAAAAGUAAUCAUUUUUUUUGGGAAUGAAACUCUAAAAUAGCACGGGGAAUGUAUUAUUUUUCUUUGCAUGAUCGUUCCAGGGUUUUUCCCCGGGGUAGGCGUCGAGGUCUUUGUGGGGUGUGGGAAGGGUGGGGAGGAUCAAAAAUUCGAUUUUGUAAUCAAUAUUGCAACUCGAGAGUCGUUUUUGUUACGGCUGAACCAUGUGUUUACCCAGAGUACGAUUAUAUAUUAUAUCAAAUUACGAAUCGAACUUCAUGUUCAAGUUACAAAAUUAUAAAUAUCAUAUUUUUAACUACUCAGUUCUUGUAUUUGCCUGCCACGCACUUUCCUCAUUCCAAUAUCUCAAGAAUAUUUCAUGCUUAUUUGUGCAUUGUAAACAGAUUGGGAGAUACAAAAUGACUGUAAAAAAAUCACAGAACAAGUGUUUUUUUUUGUAAAUGCAAAGUUUAAAGAAAAAGUACUGACAUAUUUCAUUCUGUAAUCCAAAACAAUCAUAAUGUAUAUUUCUACUCAGAAAGAAACUUAUUAGGGUUGUACAUUGUGAACAAUGCACAUUCACAUUGAUUGUUAAUUAAUGAUGUAUUCUGUGAUUGAUUAUAGCUUAUAAAUGUUGUUUGUAUUGUAUAAAUAAAUGAAAAACAUUAUUUUUUUUUAAAUAAAGCAUGCUGCUGCAAAGAUCA